AUGGACGAAAGCAUAAAGAAAAAACCUACUGUACAUCACAAUGCAACAUUGAAAGUUUGUAAUUUUGAAAAGCUGAUAUAUGACCCUUUACAUCAUACAAACAGUACAAAACCAUCAUCAUCAGCAACAUUAACAACGAAGAGAACCCAAAAGAUGAUUAUUUUCCACUUCAUUGAAUUUUCAUCAGUGGAAAUUAGAAUUGAAACAGCACUUCUCUUUUCUAUUUCAAGUCAUUUCAAGCUUCAAAUUAGCUAUUUAAAUAAAAAAAAAGAGGAGAACGAUCGCAAUCAAAUCAUUGCCGCCAAAAAUCCUCCAGAUUUCUUCCGCUUCGAGCAAUAUUUAUUCUCUCAAAAAACAAACAAACAAAAAUAA